AUGUACGUCGGGCCCUCACCCGCCCCCAACACCUCCCCAAAAACCAAACAGAAAACCCUCCCCGCCUUCUCCAAUCUCCCGAGCGCUGAGCGGGAGCAGCCAGGAACCUGGGCUUCCACUGGGAAGGGACCCUGUGAUCGGCGUCAGGGCUGGGGAGCGGGGGAGGAUUCUACGGCUAGAUACUCAGAUUUGGGGGGCGGGGGGCGGUCAGGGUCCCAGACUGCGGGGUACGCGUCCGGGGCAGCUGAACAAUUCGGCGCGGCUAGCGGAACUGGGAGAGAAGGUGGCGGCGCUCCUCCCCGCAGGUCGCAGCGGUGCGGGGCCGGGAGCACCACCGCCGCCCCUCCCAGCCAGAUCCCAGGGCUUCGCCCCAGACCCCUGGCGGCUCGCUCCGCCUCGCCGCGCUUCACAACAUCUCCCGCUGCAAAUGGCCCAAUCGGAGGACGCGAUGAGAGAACAUCAGCCAAUCAGGGCCUGCUGACUCAGGUUUCCCUCCACCCUUUGCCCCGCCCCCGCUUGGAAAGCCACCGCCCCGCGGUCUCCCCUUCCCACCCCGCCCCGCUCCGGGGUGGUGGCUCGCAGCUCCGGUCCUCGCCCGGCUGCAGUGGAGGAGCGGGCCGCGGCGGCGGGGUUUGUCACCUUGUCACCCUCAUCCUCGCCUCCUCCCAGACACGCCUCUCCUCCCUUUCCCAGUCCUCCUGGUGA